GUGGCAUUUAUCUUCUCUGACAACUGAUCCAGGCAGACAAGAAGAGUCUUACAUCUUUACCAGAGCAGAAAAGUGAACCAGCCUGUUGCGCGCAUCACCUGUGAACUGCAAAAGCGCGCCAGCCGCUCAGACUGUGUGAAGAUGUACAGAAGUUUGCUUUUGGUGCUCCUCAUUCUUCUGGUGGAGAAUCGACUCAGUCAGUCGAGCUGUGCAGAUGAAGAGGCACAAAGAUCUGCCUCAGAUGAGAGUUCAAGUUUUCGACUUGCUGCACGCAACUUGCUCAAGAGGUAUCACGAUAUAGACUAUGACAGUUUUGUUGGCUUGAUGGGACGAAGAAGCGCAGAUCCUGCUGAUAAUAUACAGCCCCAGCGUAAAAGAGAAAUGCAUGACAUCUUUGUGGGACUCAUGGGUCGGCGGAACAGUGAAGAUGACACUGAGCGUCCAUGGAGGAAAGAGUACCCAGAGCAACGAGGUCUGUUCUUUAACAAGUGCAGACUGAGGUAUCGCCGUGGGUUAUAGGACCUUCCAGUUCAUUCCAAGAAAGUACUAAGCAGUUAUUUCAUUUUGUUUAAUUUAAGUUGAUUUAUGUUGAAUAAACACUAUAAAUGCUAUAGACUGUAUAUAACAGAAAACCUAAAUCUACAUCUUCAUUUGAGCAUUUUAUGUCACUAUCUUUCUAAUGUAA